UGGUUGUCCAGCUCUAUUACGAAGGAAUGGUUAAUAUGUCUUAAAUACUUUUACGAAAACUUAAAAGUGCUUACAUAUAAAUAUUAUGUUUCGAAUAUUUGUUAGGCGAAAAAACUAUAUAAAUCUUCAGCUAAAAAUUUCAACAGAUUUUCAGCCGAUUAGGUGUGCUGCUUCAACUGUAAAUAAAUCAGAAGCCCCCAAUACUUCACAUUGUCAUCAGGUGAAUAACCAAUAUAACACUGAAAUCACCAAUGCAAAUUACACUAAGUUGCCGUUGGGGAUAUUGCCUUGGGUGCCGAGUCCGAUAAUCAACACGGAGGGGAACCAAAUGUGUAGGCAAUACAAGAAACUAGCAAAGUUUCGCCUAACAUCCUUGGUUGUUAUAACUACAAUGAGCGGUUAUGCAAUGGCACCAGCACCUUUCAAUUUUACUAUGUUUGUAAUGUGCUCGUUAGGCACUGGUUUGAUGUCGGCAGCUGCCAAUGCAAUAAACCAAUAUCACGAAGUUCCUUUUGAUUCUCAAAUGUCCCGAACAAAGAACCGCCUGCUAGUCACUGGCCAAAUGUCAUCCUUGCAUGCUGUUGGAUUUGCUGUGGCAUCGGCUAUAACUGGAUUGGGCAUUCUUUAUUUUGGUGUAAAUAGCCUAACAGCAUUAUUAGGGGCCGGAAACUUUUUUCUUUACACGUCAAUAUAUACACCAAUGAAACGAUUUAGCAUCAUGAAUACUUGGAUUGGUUCUAUUGUUGGUGCUUUACCGCCGCUCAUGGGUUGGGCUGGGUGUACGGGCAGCCUGGACCCUGGAUCACUUAUACUAGCUGGACUACUAUACGCCUGGCAGUUUCCACACUUUAACGCAUUGUCAUGGAACUUGCGACAAGAUUAUUCGCGUGCUGGUUAUCGAAUGAUGGCUGUUACAAACCCUGAUCUUUGCCGGCGAACAGCAUAUCGUUAUUCAAUUGCUAUUGGAGGGCUUUCCCUGCUUGCUCCUGUAUUUGAUGUUACCAAUGGUUGGUUCGUUUUAGAGUCAUUGCCACUAAACUUGUAUUUUGUUUAUCUAGCCCACAAAUUUAAUCAAAGCUCGAAUGGUGGCAGUUCGCGAAAACUAUUCCGAUAUUCUCUUUUGCAUCUGCCGGCUCUUAUGUUGCUAUUCUUAGCCAAUAAAAAACGUUGGUACCUAAAGGAAACUUUUGACGAGACUACAGGUAUUAAAAAAGAAAUCUGUAUUACCCACCUGCCAAAGAUGCCUUCAAGUCUUGUACCAGUAACAACAGCGGCUGGAGCUAGAUAAUAAAUCAGUUUAAAAAAACAUAAGAAUAAGUACCUCAACAACAAAUAAGAAAUGUAGCAUUGUUAAAAUAAUAAAUUAACUACUCUUGGCA